CCGGCAGCUCCCCGGGCAGCUGACAGGGACUGUGGGAGGCGAGUCAAGGGCCCAGCAGGCUCCGCGGGGCCGGGGCGGGUCGGUGGGGUUGGCUGGGGUGGGGGGCGAUGGGGGCUGUUGGCGCAGGCGCUCCGGGCAGCCCGAGUCGCGUCGCGUACAAAGGCGCUGAGCUUUGCGAGGAAGCGCUCGCUGGCUCGGCAGCCAUGGGUCCUCCCAGGGCCCAAGGGUGCAAGGGCCCACUGGGCGGGCAGCGACCACAGGCCCGGCGGCCUCCCUAGGAGCCCGUUGGCGCAGGUGCCCUGGGGACGCGUCGGGCUCUGAGACGCAGGGCUUGUGGAGACAGCCGCGCUUUCCUGGCGGGCCGCCGCCGGGUCGGUUUGGCGGGAAGCGGCCACGCGCCCGGCACCCUAGUGCGCCCCGCCCCGCCCCGCCCCGAGACAGUGGCGUGUGCGCGGCGUGGGGGCGGGGCCUCGCGAAAGGCGGAGCUUUGGGAAGAAGCCCCAGUUCCUCAGAGGGGCGGGGCGGCGGGAGCGGCGUCCGGAAGGCGGGGGCGGGGCGCGGCGGCCAUGCUGGCGGCAGGCGCAGACGCAGGCGCGGGCGGCGGGGCGGGCGCUGCGGACGACGGCGCGGACGGCCAGGACCGUCGCGGUGGCCGGGGCGGCCCCGGCUUUCCCGGCGGCGCGGGCGAGGCCGCUGCUGCCGCCGCCGGCAGGGCUCGACCCGUCUCGCGCGCACGGCACGUCCCGGAGCCGGGCGGAGACGCCGCUGCCACGACUGGACGGCGGGAGACCCGAAGACACGGAUUUGCCCUCUGCGUGCCUUUUCCAUCCUGCUUGGAGGCGGAGAUCGCCUGUGGGUCCCUGGCCCCAGAUGCCGAGCCCCACAGAAAGGCUGUCGAGAAGCAGCUCACCGUGAGCGGCAGCGUCCUGGCCGUCCGCUGGAGAGCUGAGGAUCCUCGCCUCCUGCGAAUUUCCGUCCUCAACUUCCUGGACCACCUUUCCCUGGUGAUGCGGACCAUGCGGCGCUUUGGGCCCCCCAUUUCCCGCUAAGCCUGGGCUGGGGAGAGGAGCUGAAGUCGAUCGUGUCCCUCCCCGGGGACUGCGUCCUUCCCGGGACAGGAGUCCCUGUCUACCUGCUGCCCCUGUGUUAGGAGGGCCUAAUCCUCUGAGGCGGCCCCAGGGCACUCAGGGCCCCUUUGUUUUGUUUUGUUUUGUUUUGUUUGCUGCUUAAACGUUCCUUUGUUCGUCAGUCACUGCAGACAAUUAAACAGAGCUGAGCUGUGC